AUGGCAGACGAAAAGCCUAUAUAUUCAGUUGGUGUGGACUGUGCUCGCAGCCGCAGCUCAUUCAGUAUUGUCUCCUCUGAUGGUAUAGCAAUCCUCUUACUUGUCAUUAUGGAAUCUCACGUAAAGCAGACCCGAUUUGCACUUCAGCCUGGGCUUCGGCAGGGCCAGGUCUUCGAGAUCUUUGACGGUGACUUCGGCGAAGUGCUGCAGAAUGGGUUUCCGCGAGAUCAAGUCUUCGACUCGCUUCACGGCGAUCCUAACAGUUUGGUACGGCAUGAACCCAAGCAAGGCGAGGUUUUCGAAAUGCUCGACGGGAGCAUUAGCGACCUUAUACAGCGUGAAUCCCAGCAUGAUCAUACCUUUGACAUUUCCCACGGCGACAUUAACAGAACCAUUGGAUAUGCAGAUCAUGUCCCAUGGGAGGCCAGUGGUUUGGUGUAUCGGUUAUGCGAACCAAGCUUCUUAGCUUCUCAAGCACCCAAAAAUCCAAACGAUCAGGAGUGGCGGGACAUUAAGCCAGUUUUUGAAAGACUUUACAGCACGGAGAAUAGAACCCUGAAAGAUGUCAGGAUCAUCCUUGAACGAGACCGCGGAUUCGUAGCAAGUGAGCGCAUGUAUAAGGCGCGAAUAAGCGCCUGGAAGCUUCACAAAAACCUAAAGAAGGCGGAAAAAGCCGUAUGGGUUCAGAAAAUCAGACACACAGGAGCCGGGGGCCAGCUCAUUUACAACGGCCGACCUGUUGAACAUCGGCUUAGACGAUUCUGCAAAGAAAAUAGGGUCCCAGCAGGACCCUUACGAGAAAUUACUCGCCACUAUCGAGACCGACGGCGGAGAGCCCCAAUUGCUGUCAGCAGCCGAAUAGAAUCAGCGACCUUCGACCUGCACUCCGUCUUCCGAUCCCCUUCCCAACCGGCCCCACCGAUCGCACUAUAUGGUGAUAUCAGGUUCGCAGAGGAAAUUGUAAGGAACGUCGAUAUUUACAUGAACUUUUACUUCACGAGUGGACUCGGCACUUGGUAUUACAAAGUUGACCCGACAGUGCCAGCACGAAACGAGCUUACCUUGCAACCUCAAGUCCUGAUCAAGAACGAGGAGGCUUGGCGCGACAUCGUGAGGCCUGAAACCGUGAUCAGACAGCUAGACAACGCCCUCUACGCUUUUCGAAACGGCUUCAUAGAAACAGCAUUUCAAGAAUCCCACAAAGCGUUAGAUCUCGUCAAGACCAUUCUGGAGCAGCAAACACCAACAUUAAUCUCUUACUUUUUCGCUUUUUUUACAUCGUACAGGGCGAACAAUACCUCACAAUUUGAACAGAACGUCUCUCAAUUCCUAGUGGAUAUGGCUUCAAAUGUGCUUGGCAAAACGCAUCCGUUGAUGGAAGUGAUCAACCACCUAUACAUGCUCUCAGGCUUGGUUGAGAAGUGCUCUGUAUGGCGUGCUGCGACUGAUGUUUUGGGACACUCAUUUAGGUGUCUGAAGGACGAUGAACCAGUACGAAUCACGCAAUGGUGGUACGGUUCCGGUAUACGGGCUGCAGGAUUGAUUACUGAAGCACAAGUCUAUCUGGACGUUAUUUGCGGCCCGAACGGGACGAUACAAGAGCAGAAACCCAGGUAUAUGGGGAGAAAAGCAUGCUUUUUAGCAAUACAGCAUAAGUAUCUGGAAGCGGAAAUCCAGUUGAGAGAAUGCUUGGAGCUCCUAGAGGAGGACGAAUUUGACAUUUUGGCAGAAGGUUCGGACUCAGACUCGUUAGGUUGGUGUGGUGAAAUUCACAACGGUCUAUUUCAUCUGGCGGAAACACUAGAACAUACGGACAGGAUCGACGAGGCAAUGGCCAUGUUGUGGCGUGUCAUUGAAUUUGGUUUUGUUGUAUUCGGUCCAGAGGGCGUGGAGACCCGAAUUUUUGGAUCCACGUUCGACAAAUUCCUCACUUGGCAUGGAGCCAUGGAAGAAAGGGCGGUGUUGAGAGCUCAGUGCCCAUGGCUUCUUUCGCGGAAAGAAAUCCCAAAGGAGUUCCGGUGA